AUGCCAUCCGAUGGCCAGCCUCGCGCCUUCGUGCUCGCGGAGCACCCUCAGCACGGAUUGCUUCUGCUACGCUCGCCUGGCAAGCCCAAAAAGGGAAAGCCGGCGCACUACCAGCUGCCCGGCGGCCGCGUCGAUGUGACGGAUGCCUCGCCUGCUGCCGCAGCGGCGAGGGAGCUGCUCGAGGAGACCGGGCUUCGGGUCUUGCCGGCGCGGCUCGUGCGGAUACGGGUGGAUGGAGUCGGCCAACGCAGCUACUUCCACCUCCAGCUCGCCGACGCCGAUGCGGCGUCGGUGCUGGGAGGAGACACCGCCCCGCUGUCCGGCGAGGAGUGGCGUCUUGCACUUUCGCACGAGCACGACGCCUACUACUUUGAGCCGCACCUCGACGAGGCGGCCAACGCGGUCGCGCUCCACAGCGGCGGCAAGAACAGCCUCGCCGUCCAAGUGCUCUGGCAGAGCCGGGGACGGCCGGGAGGGGCCGUGAAGACACCGCCGUUCCCAGACCUGAUCAAGAAGUUUUGCUGCCUUCCUGAGUGA